AUGGUCGCUAGUGUAGGAGGAGUUAUAUCAGGAGGCAAUCCAUUUGUUUAUGAUUCCUCGUCUCCACUUACUCUAUUUUUAUUUCAAGCAUGUCUGAUUUUAGCCGUGUGCAAUCUAGUCCAUAUUCCGUUUUCAAAAAUAAGACAGCCCAAAGUGAUUUCAGAAGUAAUAGGUGGUGUUAUAUUGGGUCCAACUGUAUUCGGUCAAAUCCCUGGUUAUACUAAAACGGUGUUCCCGGCAGCGUCCAUUCCCGGCUUGACCUUAACUGCUAAUCUGGGAAUAAUCUUAUUCAUGUUCUUUCUGGGGUUGGAAGUUGAUAUUGCAUUUAUUAAAAAUCAUUUAUUUACUGCAUUAUCUAUCGGUAUUUCCACGUUGGCUAUUCCUUUUGGUUGUGGCUGUUUAUUCGCAAUUCCUCUGUAUAACAACUAUGCCAAUCUAGGUGAUAGCGGUACGAACGUCAAAUUCACAGUAUUCAUGGUAUUUAUUGCUACUUCUCUAUCAGUUACUGCAUUCCCUGUUCUUUGUAGAAUUCUAAAUGAACUACGUUUGAUAAAGGAAAGAGCUGGUAUUAUCGUUCUGGGUGCUGGGAUAAUUAAUGAUAUCCUAGGUUGGAUAUUAUUAGCAUUAAGCGUUGUGUUAUCAAGUUCUCAGUCAAGCCCAGUCAACACAGUCUACAUACUCUUAUGUGUUUUUGGUUGGUUCCUUGUAUAUUUCUACCCGUUAAAAUAUAUCUUGAAAUGGGCACUUAUCAAGACACAUGAGUUGGACAGAAGCAAACCUUCAACUUUAGCAACUAUGUGUGUGCUAUUCAUUAUGUUCAUAUCUGCAUAUUUCACGGACAUCGUAGGUGUUCAUCCUAUCUUCGGUGCUUUUAUAGCAGGUCUCGUUGUUCCAAGAGAAAAUAACUAUGUUAUUAAGCUCACUGAAAGAAUGGAAGAUAUACCAAAUAUAGUCCUAAUACCAAUUUACUUUGCGGUAUCAGGUCUAAAUGUCGAUUUGACCUUACUCAAUGAAGGCAAAGAUUGGGGCUUUGUAUUUGCAAGUAUUGGUAUUGCCAUUUGCAGUAAAAUUAUUCCUGGGACGUUGGUUGCAAAAACGCAUCGUUUGUUUUGGAGGGAAUCACUUGUUGUUGGGGUUUUAAUGUCCUGUAAAGGUAUUGUUGAAAUCGUUGUUUUAACUGUUGGGCUAGGCGCCGGGAUUAUUACUAAAAAAAUUUACGGUAUGUUUAUUCUAAUGGCCUUGGUCUCGACCAUAGUUACUACACCUUUAUCUCAGUUGGUUUAUCCAACCAGCUAUAGAUCUAAACUACAAAAAUUAAUUGGCCAAGAAAAUAGUGAAGAUCUCGGUGAUAAGAGUUCUGAGAUUAUUGAAUCGAUUCAAAAUAGUCAGAACUCUUUAAACACUUUUAAUUCACUAAAGUCAUUUAGCAUAACAGAAAUUGUUAAUAUCAUAAAUACAACAGAAAAUAUUCCACCAUCGCUGGAGCUGUUAAAUAGUCUGCUUUAUGGAAAAUGUCAAAGCCAUUCAUUUGUCGAGCAAAGGACUUUGAGAAGUGAACCCAGUUUUUCAAAUGCAAAGUCGUCAUCUAAUAAACUGAAAAAGCUCGCAAGAAAAUGGUCUAAUACCAGUGAUGAAUCAAUUGGAGCAUUGACUGUGAUCGAAGAAGACGCAAAUACAUUGGAUGUAACAAUCCCCCUACGGGCCAUUCACUUACGGUUGUUAACUGAAAGAACUACAGAUCUACUUCAAUCAUCGUCGUUAUCCAACACUGAUCAUCAUUUCACGGCAAAUUCAGAUUCACUAUUACAGAUAUAUGAUAUAUUUUCUCGUUUAGUGAAUGUCCCCUUUAGAAGUGAAGUUAUCUUUUCAACAAUCAGAGAUAAAGCUACCGAUAUGCUUUCAUUUAAAUUAAAGAAUACCGACCUACUUCUGUUGCCUCUCAAGGGAGCAUCUUAUGAAUAUCAUGGGCCUCUCAUUUUGAGGGACGAAAAAUACACCAGUUUUGAUCAUAUUCACUCGCAUUUACUUAGUCUCAACGAGUUACCUUCUAAUUUCUUCUCAUCUCUGACAAACCUAAAAUCAAAUCUAGCAAUAUUGAUAUCCAAUACAAGUGACCGACAAACGGUUGACAGAUACAAAAAGAAGGUUUUUAAUUUAUUACUACCGAAUCCCAAUUUAGCAUCCUCUGAUUUUUUGGCACUAUAUAUUUUAUUAUUAAUUGCUGCUAGGGAUCAGAAAAAUAUGAUAUGCGGGACAGUUUUUGUAAAUGAGAAGAUAACGGAUCUUGCUGACAGAUUGCAUCAAGUAUUUCCAAAUCAAGAUCUUAUUGGUAACUCAAAAAUUAAUAUUCAGGCAGUUAGUUUAACAGGGUUAAAUUCAGAGAAAGAUAUUGUUCACAGUUCCUUUAUUGAAAGCAUUCUCUCAAAACGUCUUUCAGAUGAGGCAAUUGAGAAUUUAGAAGAAACCACUUUUAUUGUGCCUGAACCGUCUUUCUCACCUUUUCAACCAUUUUCAAAGGAUGUCAAAGAGAUUGUUUUGCAAGGAUCAAAUCAAAGAUUCAACGUGCUUGUUGUUCAUCACUACACAGAUUCACAUUUAAAGUCCGCAAUUAUGACAGAUAACUAA